AUGCCUCGCGCUGAAGUGCGCACAACUUUGCAUUAUAACUCGUCGUACUGGAGCGAUAAAAAUGAAUUCAACCUUCCUGGAGGGAAGACUGGGUUUGACACACAAGAGACCAAGCUACCGACCUACUGGAACACAUCAUUUUACAAGAUAUGUCUUGGUAUGAAGAUCGGCCAACAGAUCAACUUCAUUGUCAUUACCAGGGAGGCCACCUCUCUGUAUUCACUUAUCGCUGACGGGCAGUACCGCGCCACUACAGUGGGCCGUAACACCUGGAAGAAGCUGAUUGGUCCUCAGGCCUCAUUGCAGUUCAACUGUAACAAGGAAGGGUUCAAUGCUGUAGGUUCUUCUGAAUACAAUUCGAAAGCAAGAAUCGGCAUCAUUAGUAACCAACAAAAUGACUGCCUAUCCUCUGAUUCCAGAAUCGGGUUUGGUACAGGAGGGAAAUACGAUAACUCCAACACCUGUGGUAAUGAAGCAACGCGCUCACCAGAUAAUGGCAUCAGACACAUCAGAGCCAUGGGAUACAUUAUUGUACAGUGAGAAGGAACUGAUGAAGUGACGGCGAGAGCCAUUCAGUUCAUCGAUAUACUAAUUUUAGUAACAAACACAUCGAAGUCGUGUCAGUUCCAGUUUUUCUUUUUAUUCAGAAUGUUUAUUGAAGUUAGUUUUUUAGGCGUUGCUUUAAAAAAAAAGGUUCCCAUAUUAUAGACUUUGCGUGUCGGGUAUUUAAAAUGGAAGGUUUAGUACAUUUAAUACACUAAUAUAACAUAAGUUGGGUCACGACAGUUUUUAGUAUUUUUCAGCGACUUUUUGAUUGGUUCCCAUACAACCACUCUCUUUUGAUAU